AUGUCGAACGAUAGUGCCGUCCCCGUCAUCGCCGCUGAAGCGGCGCUGGUGAAGCAAGAUUAUGCACUCAUAUUUGUCGCCACUUUCAUCGGCCAAAUACUGUUCGGCAUAGUCAUCGCGCAGGUUUAUAUAUAUUUUACCCGCUAUAAACGCGACGCGUUAUGGGUCAAGGUCUUCGUUCUGUUCUUGUUCGUCUGCGACAUCUGUAGCGCCGUCUUUACGAUUUGCUGGAUGUUCUUCCUAUUCGUCUCAAACUGGGGCAAUAUCGCAGCCUUCUCGCAGCCUACCUGGAUGCUGGCUACAGACCCUCUGAUCUUGGGCUUGAUGAGUUGUGCAACCCACUUCUUCUUUGCCAGGCGCAUCAAGAUCAUCACGGAGAGCAUCUGGCUCGCCGGGUCUAUCUGCUUCUUUGGAAUCGGCACACUCGCCGGUGCACUGGGCGGAACCAUAGAGUUCAUGCGCGUACAGUCACUCGUCGACCUCACGUCAUUGAAGCCGAUCGCUAUCGUCUGGCUGCUCUGUGCCGCCGUUGGGGACGUGAUGAUCACAGUGAUUCUCAGCUGGUCGCUGAAGAGAAAAAAGUCAGGCUUCAAGCGGACGGACCAGAUCGUCGACAGAGUUAUCAGAGUGACGAUUCAAAAUGGUUUCUUGACUGCGGCAGUAGCGACAUGCGCUCUCAUCCUAUACCUUUCGUCGGACAUUCCGUAUCAUCUCGCGCUGUCGCUCGUUCUGCCGCGAAUGUACUCAAACUCGAUUCUCUCGUCACUCAACUAUCGCGACGUUAUGCAUCCUGAUUCUUCGACUGACCGUGGUGCAAGCGGCAUCAGUUUCGCUGCGGCUAGUGCUUCGCGACGAGGUCAGCAAACCGAAGUAGUUGUGCACGUCGAGGCGCACGAGCUCACUGAGGCAACAAAGAGCGACGGCGAUUGGGACGUACCCAGCAAGACCCACUCCGUUUGAUGUAGUCUUGGUGCUUGAUCAUUCGACCUCUCUCAAUUACUGAAUAUCAACUUCGUACUCUCUGUAAUGUCGGAUACUUGUGGUACUGUCCUACGUUGAUGCAAUAGUACCAUCUGAUGUUCCAGCGUACGCAUAUCUCGCAGCAGCCAUUGUUUCCCUGUGGACUCGGUUCCAAUUACCUGGCUCUGAUGACGAGCAUCAAACGUCUGAGCAACGCAGUUGAGAGGCAUGUCAUUGUAUGUAGUAUAGGACGAGAGCCGCCGUCACCGUAC